AUGGUUGCAGAAGACCGCCAACGUCUCCUCGCAGACGACCCCUCUUCCUUCCUCGAAGAAGACACCACCAACACUUAUACCCCCUCUUCAACAAAACAAACAAUCGCCCUCCCAGUGGUCGGGAUGACAUGCAUGUCCUGCGUUAACGCCAUCACCUCCGUUGUCUCGGCCAUGCCAGGGAUCGACAACAUCCUCGUCUCCCUCAAGCAGCACCAGGCUACUGUUGACUUUGAUGCCUCUGUUGUUUCUGUGGCCCAGGUCGUGGAGGCUAUUGAAGAUUGUGGGUUUGAUGUCCCCUUCGAUCUCAGCUCCCUCCCUCCUUCUUUUGCUGCAUGCGAGAAGAGCGGAGAUGUAAAACAGGCGACCACAACAAAUCCCUCUUCAAAGUCAGUCACACCCGCAUCUUCCGCAACAUUUACAACCAUCGAGAUACCCUCGACACGCCAGAAGGUGCGGACGGCACAACUCUCGGUUCAAGGUAUGACCUGCGCGUCCUGUGUAGCAUCCAUCGAACGAUCCCUCAAGGGCACUCCCGGACUUGUAUCCAUCAAGGUUGCACUUCUGGCCGAGCGUGCGACGAUUGAGUAUGUCGAGGGCCAGACGUCCCCUCAGGCCGUUGCUGACUUGAUUGAGGAGAUUGGAUUCGAGUCUGCACCGAUUCAGUCCAACCAUACCCGUCGUCGCCGUCGCAACCGUAACCGUGGAAGCAAUAGCGGUGGACAUUGUGGAGGUGGAAUUGUCCCUCAGGAGAGUGAGGGCGAGGAUGAGGAUGAUGAUGAGAUGGUGAGCACGGUGGACCUGCAGAUCUUUGGGAUGACCUGCGCCAGCUGCGUCAACGCCAUCGAGACCGAGCUCCGUAAACUGCCCGGCAUUCUCUCCGUCGCCGUCAGCUUAACCCUCCAAACCGCCAAAAUCGAGUACGAUGAUCAACUCCUGGGGGUCCGCAAUAUCGUCGAACGGGUUGAGGAUCUGGGAUUCGAUGCCCUUUUGGCUCCUGAGCGGUCUCAGAACGCGCAGAUUGAAUCGCUGGGACGAACCAAAGAGAUUACGGAAUGGAGGCGGGCGUUGAGGGUUAGCGUGGCGUUUGCGUUCCCGGUCUUUUUGGUGUCGAUGAUCUUUCCGAUGUUUGCGUGGGGGAGGGAGUUCUAUGCGACGCCUGUAGGGUUGGGGAUUGUGUUGGGCGAUUUGGUGGCGCUGGUGUUGACCAUUCCCGUGCAGUUUGGGAUUGGGAGAAGGUUUAUUGUGAGUGCUUACAAGUCGUUGAAGCACGGUGUGGCCACUAUGGAUGUGCUGGUUUGUUUGGGCACCUUGUCGGCAUUUACGUUUUCGGUCUUCUCGAUGCUUUAUACCCUCUUCUCGUCGGACCAUCCCAAGGCGACAGUAUUCUUUGACACGUCGAGCAUGUUGAUUACCUUUGUCACCUUUGGACGGUACCUCGAGAACAUGGCCAAGGGCAAGACCUCAGUUGCUCUCUCGAAACUCAUGCGACUCACUCCUCCAACUUGCACUAUCUACGUCCUUGACCCGGUCACUGGAGAACGUCUCUCUGAGAAACAGAUCGCAUCCGAGUUGAUCCAGAAAGGCGAUCUCAUCAAAGUCGUCCCCGGUGACAAGAUCCCUACCGACGGAGUCGUCGUCUCGGGUCAAUCCACUGUCGACGAGAGUAUGGUCACCGGUGAAGCCAUCCCUAUUAACAAGACUGUCGACUCCUUGGUCAUUGGUGGAACUGUCAAUGGACUCGGUACCUUUGAUAUGGAAGCCGUCCGUGUCGGGUCAGAAACUGCCCUGGCUCAGAUUGUCCAACUCGUCGAGGACGCUCAGACUUCCAAGGCACCCAUCCAAGCCUACGCCGACAUGAUUGCAGGCUACUUUGUCCCCACUGUCAUCUUUGCCGCCCUUUUGACAUUCGUCGUCUGGAUGAUCCUCUCACAUACUCUUUUGGCCGACAAGUUGCCUGGCAUGUUCAUCAAGGAGCCCUCAAAGCUCGUCGCCUGUCUCAAGUUGUGUAUCUCGGUCAUUGUUGUCGCCUGUCCUUGUGCUCUCGGCCUUGCGACUCCUACUGCGGUCAUGGUUGGUACGGGCGUUGGCGCUCAGCAUGGAAUCCUGAUCAAGAGCGGAACUGCGUUGGAGCAAGCGCAAAAGAUCACAAAGGUUUUGUUUGAUAAGACGGGUACCCUUACCGUUGGAAAACUCACCGUCGCCAGCUGGAGUCUUCAAACCCCUGCACCUGCUGCUGCUUCGACCAACAACACCAGUGGUUCCUCCUCCUCUUCAAGCGCAGCAUCAUUGGAAUCCCUGACGGACAAGGACCUCUUCACAAUCGUCGGCGCCGCAGAAUCCUCGUCCGAACACCCCCUCGGCCGCGCCAUCGCCUCUUACGCCAAAGAGCAACUCUCCUCCUCGAACUUUGCGGCCACCGUAUCCGAAUUCUCGGCCAGCACCGGCCAAGGCAUCGAAUGCACCGUCGCCCUCCCCUCCUCCCCCUUCUCCUACCGCGUCACAAUCGGCAACAAAUCUUGGCUCACCGACCGCCAAAUCUCCCUGCCCACCGACACCCUUACCCAGGACCAACACUCCCAAGAACGUCUGGGCCGCACCACAAUCCUCGUCGCCCUCAACUCUCAUUUCAUCGGCUGGAUCUCGCUUUCAGACACCAUCAAGCCCGAAUCCGCCCGCACCAUCGCCCGCUUACAACAAAUGGGCAUCCAAGUCGCAAUGGUCACCGGCGACCAACCCCUCGUGGCCCAAGUCAUUGCAUCCGAAUGUGGAAUCACCUCACAAAACGUCCACGCUGGCGUCUCGCCUGCCGGAAAAACCGCCCUCGUCCAACGGCUCCAAGAAGAAGACGGCCACGUCGUCGCCAUGAUCGGCGAUGGUAUCAACGAUUCCCCCGCUCUGGCUCAAUCUGACCUUGGCAUCGCUUUGGUAUCCGGUACAGAUAUCGCCAUGGAGGCCGCAGAUAUGGUCCUCAUGCGCUCCGAUCUCACAGACGUUGUCGCAGCAAUCGACCUCUGCCGAACCAUUUACCGCCGGAUCCGCUACAAUUUCGCUUGGGCCUCCAUCUACAACAUCCUGGGCGUCCCCCUGGCCAUGGGAGUCCUCCUUCCCUGGGGAUACCAUAUCCACCCGAUGCUGGCCGGGUUAAUGAUGGCAGCCUCGAGCGUGAGUGUAGUGCUUUCGAGUCUGAUGCUGAAGCGGUGGAAGAAACCUGUGGUCGAGGACCCGACAGAGAAGGAGAAGCGGGAGCGGUUGAGAGAGGAAAGGUUGGCGGAGCGCGCGGCCAUGAUGCGUGCUCAUUGGACCCGUCAAUUGGGCGGUGGCACUUCCUCGACUGUUUCUGGUGGCAAGACCAAGGGCAAGGGCGACUAUGUCCGUGUUGGAGAUAAGGAUAACGACCUCGAGAUGGACCAGAUCGUCUAA